GAGGAGCAGCCAAAGGUUCAAAUUGAAAAUUGGAUUUGAGAUUUACCUUAUCAAAGAAGAAGAGAUAGAAGAAACUUCACUUCAACAGAAUGAUGUUUGUUGCAGCUCUAAAAACGCUUCAGAUGAUUUGGACUGUCAGGAGAAGAUAUCAGAAGCCCAGUUAUCAGAGGAUGGAUGUUUAGAGGUUGACAGCGAGGGAGCAUCUGAAGGAGAACAUUUAGAGAAGGAAGAUCAUGAGGAUUCUGAAUCAGGAUGGCUUCCCGUUUUAGAAGGUAUCUCUCCCGUCUCUCAAGACUCCAGCCAAGUUCUACCCAGCAUGGAGAACAGUAGCCAGAGUGAAAGAGAGCUAGAUGAAUCCAUGAAUGAUCCAACGAAUUCUCCUCCUACCCGUGAUGAAGAUUCUACAGGGAAACAGGGAUUUGACUGCACCAAGUGUAAAAAGAGAUUUUCUGUUGAAUCUGAUCUUGGAUCUCAUGUGAUGACGUGCUGUGGAAACCUAUCUACUCAAUGUCCAGUCUGCAAGAAGAUUUUCGCGUCAAAGUCGAAUCUAGGAAAGCACAUGAGACUUCAUACUGGGGAGAAACCAUUUGAAUGUGGUGAAUGUGGAAUGAGAUUUACUUUGAAGCAACAUCUAGUUUACCACCAGAGAACACACACGGGUGAAAAACCCUUUAAGUGCACAGAAUGUGGUAAAGGUUUUAUCGAAAAGUCUGUCCUAAAAGUUCAUUUUAGAAGACAUGGAGGUAACGAACCUUUUCAAUGCUCUUAUUGUGACAGGAAACUGAAUUCCAAGAGAGAUCUCAUGAGACAUGAGAGAACACAUACUGGUGAGAAACCCUUUAAGUGCUCAGAAUGUGGUAAAGGAUUUUCCCAAAAAAGUAACCUAACAUUGCACUUUAGAAAACAUGGAGGUAAUGAAGCUUUUCAAUGCUCUUAUUGUAGCAGGAAACUGAAUUCCAAGAGUGAUUUCAUGAGACAUGAGAGAACGCAUACUGGUGAGAAACCUCAUCCUUGCUCUUCAUGCAGUAAACGAUUUUCAAGAAAACAUCAACUUUUGGUUCAUGAAAGAACACACACGGGUGAAAAGCUCUUUCUAUGCUCAGAAUGUGGUAAACGAUUUUCAAGAAAACAAGAACUUUUGAGACAUGAAAGUAAAGUACACCUGAAAGCAAAGAGUCCCAAAACGUCCAAAGACUUUAACAAUGACAGUGCUGUGUCUUUUCAAAAGGACCUCGAUAAACGGAAGGCAUGCAGUGAUAAGAGUUCUUAUCAAUGUCGUGAGUGCAACAAGAAAUUUAAAACAAAGAUGAGUUUCACGAAACACAUGAAAGAGCAUACAGGAGAUAAGAUCUAUCAAUGCGGUGAAUGCAAGAAGGGUUUCACUUCAGAGUCUGGUCUCAAAGGACAUAUGAGAAUACACACAGGUCGGUCCAAACAAGAUAGCGCUCAAGGUGAAUGACUUUGAGGAGAUUGAGUUCAACCCCAAGCAGCUGGUUAGGGAUAUCUGUCGACUCUACAUCAAUCUGGGCCACGAGCAGCGGUUCUGCAGGGCGACCGCCGAGGAUGAGGUUAAUUACUAAGCCAUGCUUUUCAUCAGAGCAGAGAAGGUGCUUGAUAAGAUCAGUGUGUCUAGGGAUAUGAUUGAGAAGAUGAGGGAGUUUGCUGAGAAGGUCAAGGCUCUGAGUGAGACCAAUGAGAUGGAACAAGAGAUGUUUGCAGAUGCUCCUGAUGAGUUCAUUGACCCCUUGACGUUCAACAUUAUGGAAGACCCUGUGUCGCUUCCCACUUCAGACAUGAACAUCGAUAGGUCAACGAUAGCAAGGCAUUUAUUGAGUGAUCAAAUCGACCCAUUCAACAGGAAACCGCUGACCAUGGAAGAAGUACGAUCAAAUCCAGAUCUCAAACUUCAGAUUGAAACAUGGAAACAGGAACAGAAGAACAAGAGAAAAUAACAUCAGCAAAAUCAUCAACUUCAUACAUGUACUCUCUUUCUUCUAAUGGUUUAAUAAUUUGUUUAAAUGGUAAACAUCACUGACUUCUUUUUGUUUGAAAUGUUUCUUUUAUACCAACAACAUUUCUUAUCAAAUCUUGUAAAAAUGAACUAUUUGUUAAAUGAUGUCGAUGCACAAACUAGUAUUUAAAGGUGGGGUGAAAUCCAAAUAUAAGUUGAUUCCUGUUGAUGUGCAGGGCUGCCUACAACUCAUAAUUUGUUAUUCAAUCAAACAUCUUAAUAUUUUUCAUAGAUUUUUGACUUAGCUGGGGGAAGUUACAUACCCAUGUCUGUUGUUAGCUCAUUAAUGACUGACAGUUGAUGUCAAAAGAUGAAUGAGAUCUGGAACAUUUGUUUAGGGUGGAGCUAAUAGCAGGUCUCAGAAAAUUAUUU